ACCUGACAGACAGAAGUGGCGUAUUGAUAACCAGAGGACGUGCUCUGAUUAAACGUUUAAUGUCAGAGAGGAGGGAAUACUUUAUUAGCCAAUGGAACGUAGAUAGAGUGCUGUUACAUUCGGAGGGGGGAACAACAUUCGCGUGAAACGGACUUUCUUCGGAAGUCGGCCUCGAAUUUGUUUGACGAGCAAGAUACUAUAAAAACAUAAAAAUAACAACAGCUGGUGAGUGGAAGUUUGAGAUCAUUUACAUUGCACGCUAAAUGCAAGAAGAAUUACUUAUGUACACUAACGCAGACCUGGCUGGGAAAUGACAGUAUAUAAAUUGUCUCUCUAUUAAUUUUAUGAGCCUCCCUUGCUAUUGGCGACAUUGGAUAAAGACUCUUAUUUGUAAAGCGAGAUCUCGCUUCUCUCUCUCGUCGGACCAGAAUGGCACUGUGGGCGAAGCUCAAUAAGCUGGACUCUGCCUACCGUAAGCAAGUAGAUGACCUGUAUGAUGGAGACAACCUUCCCAUGGACCUACGACAUUACCUGGCUUCCUGGAUAGAGACCCAGGAUUGGGAGACUGCAUCCCAAGAUUAUGACAGAGCCAUGGUGUUGUUCCAGGUACUGAUGGAAGAACUGGAUAUUCAGCACAGUCGCUUUGUCCAGGAAGACGACUUCUUACAGCAGCAUAACAUCAGACGCCAUAAACACCACUUCCAGCGAUAUCAGGAACAUCCAUGCAAUCUGGCCAAUGUCAUUCUCUGGUUCAUGGCCAAGGAGAAAGAGAUUCUGGAUAAUGCUGAGCUGGCAGAGCAGGUGAGCCAGAUCCAGGUCCACCAGAACCCUAUGGAGAUUGACAGCCAAAGGAAUGUGCAGCGUAAGGUGGACAUACUCAGAAAUAAAGUAGAGUGCAUGGACCACACAGUGAAAUGUCUGGAAGAACAGCAAGAUGAAUUUGAUUUCAAAUUCCAGACUCACGCAAUGGAAGCUAGUACAGCUGAGGCGGAUAAGAAGAUGCUGCAGAAUCUUCUUAACAGGCUGGAUUUCUCAAGAAAGAACAUGUUGGCAGGCCUGGGGGAGCUGUUGGAUGUUGCUAAGGAUGUUCUUGAUGUCCUGGUGAACGAUGAGCUGCAGGGGUGGCAGUUAAGGCAGCAGAGGGCCUGCAUAGGAGCCCCAGACGACACCAGCCUAGAGCAGCUGGAAAAAUGGUUCACGGCAGAGACGACCUGUCUAUUCCAAGUACGAAAGUUCCUCAAGAAGCUGGAUGAGUUGAUGGGGAAGAUGACUUACCUGAACGACCCUUUGAUUGCUCAGAAACCUUUGUUGCAGACUAGAGUGGAUGACCUGCUCACAUCUCUCAUCAAAAGUUCUUUUGUGGUGGAGACUCAGCCGUCAAUGCCGCAGGGUAAAGGCCCCUUGGUUCUGCGCACUAAUGUCCAGUUCUCUGUCAAGACCAGAAUUCUUGUCAAGAUUCCUGAGAUGAACCAUGCCAUGAAGGUGACAGUGUCCAUGGACAAGGAGGCCCCUCAGGUUAAAGGCUAUAGACGAUUUAAUGUUCUGGGGACCUGCAGUAAAGCCUUGAACAUGGCUGAAAGCAUGAAUGGGGGCAUGGUGGCAGACUUCAGACAUCUGACUCUUAAGGAGCAGAAGUCAGGUGGAGGAGGCAAGGGUAUUACUGAUUUGUCUCUCAGUGUUACAGAGGAGAUGCAUAUGAUCUACUUUGACACUGUGUUUGACCUGGCAGACUUUUCUGUGUCUCUGGAGACCUGGUCUCUCCCUGUGGUCAUCAUCUCCAACUCCAGCCAGCAGCAGAGCGCCUGGGCCUCUGUCCUCUGGUUCAAUAUGUUGAGUGAAAACGUAAAGAAUGUCCUGUUUUUUGCAAAUUGUCCUGUUGCCCCUUGGUCUAACUUUGGCGAAAUGUUGAGCUGGCAGUUCCUGUCUGCUACCAAACGAGGCCUAAACUCUUCUCAGCUGGACAUGCUUGCACAAAAACUUUUUGGAAAACAGGAAAGUUAUGAAGCAUGCAAAAUCUCAUGGGCCAAGUUUAGCAAGGAGAAUGUUCCUGACACAAUCUUCACAUUCUGGGUGUGGUUUGAUGGAAUCCUGGGAAUGGUGAAGAACCACCUGGAGAACAUUUGGAAAGACGGCUCCAUUAUGGGUUUUGUGAGUAAAGGCAAAGAGAAGUCCCUGCUGAAGAAGAAACAGAGAGGCACAUUCCUUCUGCGCUUCAGUGAGAGCAUCAAAGAUGGAGGCAUCACCUUCUCCUGGGUGGACUACUCCCCUACUGGGGAGCCAACUGUCCACUCAGUGCAGCCCUUCACCAAGGUUGACCUCAACCAGAUUCCCUUCCAUGAGAUCAUCAGGAACUUCCAGAUCCAGAUACCUGAGAAUGUUCCAGAAAGUCCUUUACUCUACCUCUACCCAAACACCCCCAAAGACAAGGCAUUCGAGAAAUAUUACACAGUGAAGAGUGGAGCUGACAGUCCAUACAUAAAGUACAUCAAAACCAGACUGGUUUUCGUCUCAAGGGAGAAUACACUGGGCCCUAUGUCGCCGGCCAGUUCAGACAUGGCAAAUGGUGAAGGCUUUGAACCAGUGUCCGUCCCCGCUUUGGACCCCCUCUUAUGCUCCUGGAUUGACUGUAAUUCCACACAAAUCGAGGAAAAUGUGGAUAUGGAAUUCAACGAGAUCUUCAUUGACCCCACUUUGUUUCUAACUACCUGACCAAUUUGCAAUGUUUCUGGAUUUAGCACUGCCUGGUUUCACUUGCACUCACCUGCAAUCCUGUGGAAGCACCUACCAAACCCUAUAGACUACAGCCCCGACAAAUGACCAUGUUUAACCCAACUACUUAACAUUAUGUAUACUUAUUCAUAAUUUGUUGAAAACAAAUUAUAUCUGAGCAUACAGUUGAAAUUUGAAACCUAUGUUCAACUGUACAUUUGAUCUAGAGAACACACUGUAUGCUUGUCCUCCUCAGUUGUAGCCUGCUAGUUAGACUAGAAGCUAUAAACAAGACAAUACCAUAGUCUUAAUGAGAAUACUUUGAUUCUUUGAGGCAUCUGAAAAGGAACACAUGGUGGUCCAGUGACACACACAGGAACAUGGCUCCUCUCAUCAGAACCCCCCAAGAUUGCACAUAAGUCAAUCUGGCACUUUUCUUUGUUUCUUUGCACUCGUGGCUGAUGGGGACACUUUUUCUUGUACUUUAGUUUGUGCAAAACUGUACAACAGAAUACUGUCUUUUAUGUUGUUUGCUACUGCUUGUCUGCUCAAACAUAGUUGUCACAAUUAGUACCUGAAAUCUUACUUUAGCAAGGCAAUUAUGAUAUACUUAAACCUGUACUCAUAUGCGCUGUCUUUGCUGACUGAAGACGAUAAGUCUCUCACACAUGGAGGAGUGGUGACGUGGUGUUAUGUUGACUUAAGCUUAUGAUACAUCUCAUUUAUUUUCACAUGGCAGAAAACCGUUUAGUAACAUCUGAUGUACAGAUACCUGCAUAGAGCAGUUUUGUGAAUCACGUCACCUCAGUCAUUGCCUGUGACUCACCAUGAUCUGUUUCUCAAUCUCGUUCAUUCAAAGCAUGUCUAAACUUGCCCAUUGUAUCCGUAACAGAUUCAGAAGUUCCUCUGUGAGGAAAUCAGACCAUUGUGUAAAACAGAUUAUCCCAUGUGCAGGUGAUAUGGUAAUAAUACUCUGUUGAGUCAUCAAUGUGGACUUCACACAUUAGCCAUUUUGGAGCCUUGAUAUUGAAUGUUAUUGAUGUAUUAAAAUUAAAAUGUUUAAUAUUA